CUCCUUGUUAACAGUCAGAGAGCAGAGACAGAGGAUGGACAUGAAGCAGGUUCUCAUCUUCGGACUUUUCCUCGUGCCUGUGUGGACGUGCAACAUGACCAGGAUGCACCGGUGUUAUGAUGAGCACGAGCUGAGUGAGGCAGCGGAGAGGAAGCUGAGGACCCACUACCUGCAGCCCCCGGAGUCCUCACCUGCUGCGGCGGAGGACUCACCUGUGUCCUGCCCCGUGGCGCUUUACGGACAGCAGCAGCCUCAGGCCCUGAGCGACAGAUCCCUGUCCCCCUGGAGAUACAUACUUAGGACCAAGCCAGAUCACUUUCCCUCCACCUACACGGAGGCUCAGUGCCUGUGUGCAGGGUGCAUCCUGAUCCAGGACAAGAAGCCCCCAGUGGAGAGCCAUGACUACAACUCAGUGCCCAUAGAGCAGAGCAGGGUGUUUCUCAAAAGGGAGCUCUGCUGCGAUGGGAAGAAGUACCACCUGAAGCCAGUCACUGUGAAGGUGACUGUGGGCUGUGCCUGUGCUGUGCCUCCGCAGGUCAGGACCUCGUCCUAGAGGAGACCUGUGGAGACCUGCUGUCACACUGGCACACUACAGCUCAUUCUGUCUUUGCUUUAAAAUCCACCAAGUUUUCUGGAAGUGUAACUCAGGGGUGUCAGUGGACUGUGGGCUCAGAGGGGACCCUGAUCCAGCAGGCUCUCUGAUGGGAGCUGGACUCGGACCCAUUACAGCACCACAUCUUUAUACACAGCUGACCCCCCAGGGAUGAUUUACCGGGCUGUUUGUUGUUUAUCAGCCUGUUUAUUGUGCCUAUUUAUUGUCGAAGUGAUGACAUCAUAAUCAUUACAUCAGUCGUGUGUGUAGAGGUCUGUGUAGACCCUGUCUGUUUCUGUAUCAGCUCUGCAUAAUGCAGCUAAUGUAACCUUUUAGGUUUCAUAUUGAUGGCUUUGUCAUCGAGGAAAAUAGCUAUUGUAUAGUUUUAUAAGGUAAUAAUAUAUCUGCUAAUAAUAUCUGAAUAAUAUCUAUUUAUUUGGUUUGUAUGAAAUGAGUAAUGAGUGAAAGACUUUGUAUUUAUUUAUGUUGGUUAUAUUUUGUAGGUUUUGUCCCAGUGGGACUUAAUAAGUUGAGCUUCUUUGAAGCAAAAUAAAGAGAAAUAUUAAAGAAAAUGUUUCUGUGUUUGAAGCUGAAACUGGAACACAGAUUAACUGCUGAGUCUCACUGAUAUCACAGGGUUUCGAUCAUUUGAUCAUAUAAAAUGUGUUCAGGUUGGUGGCCA